AUGUCCGGGGCCAUCGGGGCGCAACUGCCUUACAUUACACCGGGAGGGACCAUGCAAGCUGUGGCAGCAGUGGGCAAUUUCUAUGUGAAGGCCCCCAGUCUCCAACAUAAUAAGGGACAGACUGUGUUACAUAUACUAGCGGACUGCUCUCUGGGCGGGGAACUUAUCAAACCAAAGCUAGUUGAUAUGUUUGUGGCGUAUGGAACUCAAGUCAACCAUGCGAAUAUAGACAGCACUGCCCUGCAUAUUAUGGCCAGAAAUCUGCGUCUGGUGAACGCAGUGCGGGCUCUGCUCAGCCAAGGCGAGGAUAUCAAUUGUAUAAAUAUGAAAGAGAAUACACCUCUUCAUGAAGCCAUGGAGGGCAAUCUUCUAUCUCGCCAGACAAGGGAAGGGGAACUUGAGCGCGUAACUCUCGCGGACCGGAUCAGUGCUUAA